CCGCCGCGCCAGGCACCUCCACGCCGGCCGGGGCUCGCCGUUCCUCCGCCUCCAUCCGCCGCCGUAUUCACCGCAGCGGAGCUAAGUACCCAUGGCCGCUUCCGCUGUGCCUGGGUCGCCUGCGGCUGGGCCUAUGGAAAAUGAUGAAAGUAAGAAGCUGUUUCCGUUGAGCGAGCCGGCGUUAAUGACGUUUCUAAAGACAGUGGCAGAUGCAUCAGUUACAGGAGUUACACUUCUCAAUGUAUACAGUACAACAUGUGUUCUCGCGUGGGCAGAAAAUCCUGUAAACAUCGUGUUGAAGGCUGCGUUGGUCGGACUUCCACUCUCGGUUUUACCAAUUUUAUUAAUCACACGCAGCAUCCUUAAGCUGGUUGAGCAAGGUGGUUGUAGUCUGGAUAUUGGAGCUGUGCUCGUUCUAUCUCAGUUUAUCUAUAUCUACGUGCUUGGGGGAGUCGUAAUCACUCUGAUGUUUCAAGUAUCAAAAACAAUUGUGGCAUCAAUAACCGUUGUACUUAUUUGUAUCGUCAUCAAGAUGUGGGGCUGUGUCUCCAACCAUCCAAAGUGUUUGGUGGCUGUCAAUUCCAACCGUGUAGAUCUCAAGAACUGCCAAAGUAUAGUUUCAGGUCAGAGCAUCGCAAAGGUGAACAAGGCCAAGCUUGCAGAAGGGAAGCUAGAGAUGGCCCCAAAGCAUUCUAUACAGGCCAAUUCAAUCAGGAACUCCCUUAACAUAUGCUUCGGGCUGUAUUUAGUAUUCUACAUUGGCUUCAUGCUUGUGUUGGCCAUCGUUGCUGAGAAAUGGUGGCAUGCGCUACUGGGUAUCGCCAUCAUGACGCCAAUCCAUAUGUCCGGGCUGUACUUAACAUCUUAUGUGAGAGAUGGACACACUAUGGGGAUUCCAAACAGUGAUGAUGAUCUUGGUUGCAAACUACUUGCACCCGGAAACAUGUAAUCCAGUGGGCGAAUGAAUGCCAAUCUUUUGCUGGAUUCUUCUGUGGUGCUCUUUAACUCUGUGCGUAUCCUCUGCCUGCAGUAGUUUAGGGCUGUAGAACGUAUUAUGUGUGACCUUGUAAACCGGGCAUUCACCUGGUGGGCUAUUUGCAUCGUAUGUGCUGCACCGAUCCUAAAUUGACACUUGUAGCUUUCUUGAAAAUAUUCACUUGUUCUUGCUGUUGUAUUCUAGUAUCUUGUAUAUUGGCCAUAUCUUGUAUUUCCAUUA